CACCUGUCCCCCUGUUCGUCCGCCCCUAGUUUCAAGCAGGUGAGUUAUUGACUGCCUUGUAAGUAGUCUGAGUAGAGACAUCCUGGUUUUUCAUUUGUAUCAGUUGAGCAGAAGUUUUGUUUGAGCUCAAGAUGUCUUUAGCAUUUGACAAUAUUGGGGCAUGGGUAUUCUCCCCUUACUGUUUCUGCCACAAAAAGGAAUGGCUUUCAGUAAACAAGCUGGAGUAUAUUGACGUACCAACUGACAGUGGCGGCCAUGGUGUCAGUUCCGGCCUCUCAGCCAAUGACACUGCUCUGCUGGCUGCUCUAAUAUUGGCUCUGGCCCUGUUUUUGUUUUUGCUGUACUUGCUGACGUGUUGCUUGUGCCCUUAUGGCUUGUGUUGUGGCAGACGUGGAUUUUGCUGUUCAAAAGGAAGCAGGUCAGCUUCUAGUGGCAAGAAGUCUCAUGGCAACAGCAGUUCAAAAGUUAAUUUAACGGCGGUAGAUAUGAAAAUACCAAGACCAUGGACAACUGAAAGUUCGAUUGGAUUUUCAGAUGCUAAAACGCUGAAGCACAAGACCACAUCAGAUGCAGACUUAUCAAAAAAUGAUUCAAAACUAAGGAAGAAGGGAGAUGGCUUCUUGAAUGAAGCCUACAGUGAAGAUGAAGGCUGGUUUUCGACCUCAGAGUUGGACAGUCUGUAUGGUGAGAAUGACAGGAAAGUUUUAUUCUCUAAAGACUGGAGGAACAGCUGUCAGAGACAAUUUGGUGAAGAGUCUAUUUCAAUGAAUAAGCAUCAGAUCAUUAGAAACAGUGCUGGGAAUUCAUCUCUCAGGUUUAGAAACAGGAGCUACAGUGCUACUGACAUAGAAAGUCUCAUGACUCCUAAAGAGGUCACAUUCUCAAACAGAGUAGAUUCUUCUGGAACUCUACAAAGAGAAAGUUCUGGCUAUGCCGUGACAGCAGUAUGUAAGCCAAAUCAUGGGGAUUUGUCCACUUCAGAUGGUACCAUUAGGUCCAGUUCAAUGAAUGCUGUGGCAGAAAUAUCAUUUGGUGACAAGAAUCCCAUAACAGACCAAGAGCUCAAUGAGAUUGCCUCUACUCUCAUCAAACCAACAGCCUAUCCCAUGACACUGCAGACUACAAGCAACACUUCUACUCUCCAACCAUCUGUCUACCAUGAGAGAAUUCAGACCACCAGCAACAGUAUGCCAAUGAGCUACACCACCAAUAGCGCUAGCAGUUAUCCAGGAGACAACAUGAUAACAGAAAUAAGCUCCACUUACAAGAGACAUGUGAUAGAAGAAACUGAGACAGUGAUUGAUUGAAAUAAUUGCCCGGUACUUUAAUUCUAUUCUAAAUGUCUACAUGCAGUGUGGUUGGAAAUAAAGUCUCCUGAUCAAAAAGCAAAAAUAGUGAUAUUUGAAUUGUAUGGACACUCUGGUUGGGAAAAAGGGAGGGGUGCAAAGUGUAGCAAUCAUUGAUUUUCUUCAGGUUCUAGAAGCCUGAAUAAUUAUUGACAAAACAUUUUGUUGUGUCAUUUUUCAAACUGAAAGUAGAAUAGAAUGUGGUAGGUUUAGUUUUUUACAUUACAUGUGCUCCUCUUGUAUUUUUCUAUACACCUGUUCACCCACUACAACAGUAAUUCUCUAUUAAAAGUAUGAGUAAAAAUUGUCUCCAAUUUCAUGCAUAAAUAUUUUAAAUUGGUAGGGCUCAGUCUAGGAAGCAAAGGAAUCAAUUUACAGAAUCUGGAUAUCAGUAAUGACAUACCGUAUCAAAUGGACAUUAAAAUGUGCGUUUAUAACUGAACCAUAUGUAUUUAUUGUGAAUCCAAGUUCAAGGUUACCUCAGUAAUAAAAUAUUGCAUCACUGA